GACUGGUUUUAUUUUAAGUUUUCUUAUUGCAAUUAUAUUGGUGAAAAGCGAAAUUAUCCAUUUUGAAUUAAAAAAUAAACGAUUUAUUGAUCGACUUCAAAAAUCACUGAUGCAAGUCAAUGAAAUGCUCGCUGACAUCGAAGACAAAAUAGAGAGCGAGAGAAAGAAAUUAUCGAAGGCUGAUUUUGACUUACACCACAAAAAUACUGUGCCUGGCCUCUUAGACUAUCAGAUCUCUGACAAAUGGUCGACCACGAGGAAGCUUCCGCCACCUCUGAAACCGAACCCACCUGUCCUGCAGAAACCCUCUCUGAGCGGUAUCCACGGAAGUGCUCUGCGUAAUGAUCCAACACUAACACCAGAACGACAAGAAAUACGUUUCCGGGAUUUAGUUGUACGCUGGACACACACCACACGUUUAUCGGGUAUGCUCAAAAAUACAUACAUCGGGAAAGCAGGAUAUGAUUCGAAAUUACCUUGCCAACAACCACAGCGACAAAUGCCAAUAAUUUUUCGCCUUAAAGAAUAGUUGUUUGUAGAGCGUAAAUUUAUAAUCCAAGCCUGUUUUCUAAAUAACCAAAUCUUGCCCUCUAGCGAUUCGGGUCAGCGACUUUACUACCACGUCGAACAUGGAUGUCACAACUCCUACAGCAAUUAUUUCAGAACUCCCUCCAGAAUCAAACCUUCCAAAAGAUGUUCUGCAAAAUGUAUAUCUGAACUGGCCGUUUGAGAAUACUCCACACCCAGGUGUAACUGAAUUUGUACAAGAUCUUCAAAGUUUAAUGCAAGAACUUAAAUUUGGUUACUUCACUGUCGGGUUGAUGAAGUUUUUGGAAAUGGUCGCAACUAGAGAUGCUCAUGAUAUUACACCUAUCUUGGUUGCUUUAGAAGAAACGUCUCGAAAAUUGAGAGAUAACCAUAAACUGACGAAGGACUAUGUUAUAUUUCAAGACAACAUUGAAAUUUUACUGAACACGAUGAUUAUGCUACCGUUUGACAAAUUGCAAAAGAUGUCCGGCGUGGGGUAUUACAUUUUGCAAAAUAAAUAUGUUCUUGUAAGCCGUAACGUCAAUGCCUGUCUCGAAAGAUAUGAUACUUUGUUCCUGGAAAGCGACGGUAUCGCGCUUUUUGGAUCCUUGGAAGAAUUUCAUAAAUAUCCUGAUGGUGGACAAAGCGCCCUUGAAGUAAGCAAAGACAUGCUGGAUGCAGCUAUAGCACCGUUCCUUAGACUUAAAGGCACUAUGGAUCACCAUCUACUCACGACAUGCAUAAAUGAUGGCAUAAACUACUUCGUUAUUCCCUCGCUUGAUCGGUCAGCAACCGAAACUGCAUAUUUUACAACAAGAGCACAUAUUGAAGACUUGAAAUCUAUAUAAUGUAAUGGGAGGCAAGUCAAAUUUUAUACUGAUACUAAUAAAUUCGAAAAGUACGAUGGACAAAAUUUAAUUUGUAACAUUGCUUAAAAACAUUUUACAUUUUUGUAGAAACUUCCCACCAUGUCACGAGCAUCAUUCGUACCAACCAGACGUCUUGUAAGACACAAACGUAAGAAAUCGUUUCGUCAGUUUAAAAAAAAAUGUUUUGAAUAAAUGAUGAGAAUGAAGUACAUAGUCUGCAUGUUCGCCGUGAAAAACACGACAAAAACGAUUCACUGGAUGCACACGGCCAUCACGACGAACAUGUUUUACACAUCCAACAUGAUAAAUACGAUCUAA